CUUGGUCAUGAUGGCUAAGCGACUGCCUCGAUGAGUUGCAAGUUGGCUCUAUCCACAACCACAGAGCUUCAAGCGGCUGAAAUCAUGGCAGGGAAAGACUGUAAAGAUGCUACGUUUGAUACAUCAAAGCAAGACUAUGAUUUGGGAAAUGAACCCAACAAUGCCAUUUGCUUGUUGCCUCCAUCUAUUGGAGAUAAAGUGGAAUUAAAUGGUACCAUAACUCUGGAACAUAAAAAUGCAACGUUUGAUACUUCAAAGCAUGAGAGUAAUUUGGGUAAUGACUGCAGCAAGACCACUCCCUUGUUGCCUCCAUCUGCAGGUGAAAAAGUGCAAUUAAAUGAAACCAUGAUUGUGGACCAAAAAAAUGCGACGCUUGAUGUAUGGCAGCUUGAGAGCUGCAUUGGAGGUAAUGUCAGUGACAUCACUGCCUCGUCACACUGCAGGCUUACAAGUCAAGUGGUGCAGUUAAACGGAACCAUGACUGCGGCCAAUUCUGAGAUUGAGAGAUUUGAGUCAUCAAAGGAUGGUAUCGGCUUGGAAGUGAAAAAAACGGGCAAAACUACCAACUUGUCCAGUUGUACGCCGUCUCUAUCUUCAAGAGACUUGGAUGGUCUCGUACCACUGAGCAAAUGUGAGGGUAGUACUUUAAUUUCUGCAGCAGAGCUGCGGGGAAUCCAGUCUAACAUGUGACAGUAGUACCUCAAACAAUACAAAUACUGCGGGAAAUUUGGGAAAAGAUGAUGCGGACUUGUUCUGUAAAAUGUGAAGGCAACCAAGACAAUGCUGGAAACAUCAACAGUUCCAGAGGACCUCUAGACCUGGUCAAAAAUCCACAUUUGAGAAAUUCCAUGCACAAUGAGGAACUUGAUGCAGUGAAUUCAGAAUGGGCUCCAGGCUGCAUGUCGACCCCAAAUAUUGCAGUGAAGUAUAGUUUUAUAGAAAAUCCACCAUUUGACUACUCCUUCCAGACCUCGUCCUCCACCCUUCAGGAUGACACCCAUGUUGCAGUUGGUGAUUGUUCAGAUAAACAAGCUCCCAAGGGUGACUCAAGUUCAGGAUCUAACAAGAACAAACCUAAGUCUUCCAGUGGCAAAGCCAUAAAUGCACCACUACCUGAUAAUCAGUUGCGAGAAUCCAAAGCAGUAAUUGCAGGUUCCUCCAAACCUUUUUCCAACCUUCCUAUAACCAGAAGGAAAAUGACAACCCUAGGAGCGACGUCUGUGGAAUAUAAAUGUAGUGGUGAAAAGAAGUCGAUGCCUUUGUCUACUGGAAACUCUAGACCAAGUUGUUCUUCGAUGGGUAGAGGAGGAAGGCCUCCGCUACAACCACCUAACCUUUCGAAGAAGUCCCUUCCAAAGCCUCGUCUAGUCCCAGGAAGGCCAAGUAGUGUUGUAGGGACAGGGCAAAGGUCACCCAGCAACCAACUUCCAUCAAGCAAGACUACAGUCAACACCAAAAUACCUGUGAAAACAGAGACUAAAGUUAUCAGCAAAAUACCUGGAAUUAAGAAACAAUCGCCACAUGCAACUUCAGUGGAACCUACCCAGGAACCAAACAAAUCAGAAUCUGAACUGGCUCAACUCUUCGUUGUGGGUACGGCUGGUCCUUCAAGCACCAGAAAGAAUGUCCACACACUUCAUGCUUUGGCCUCCAACAAUGUUAUCACUGGCAUAAAGCGGCCAGGCAGUACAAUGGAGCAGAAGAGGCAAUGCCCAUCUCCAAAGAGACCCAAGGCCGUGGCACAAUUUCACAGGAAAAUCAAAGAACUCGAGGAGAAGGUCGCUGUCAGAGCUAGAAAAUGCUGCACUUCGUCAGAGAGUGUCCCAACAUUGGCCUUGAAGAUUCCAAUGUUUAACACCAUGUCUGAUGCCAACACAGCGCUGCUUAAGUGAUGAUGUCCACAACUGUGUUUCCAUAUUAAUGCACUGCUAGUACAUUUUGCCUAAGAUUUAAAUUGUUGCAUGUAUCGCCCACAUCACAUUGUUGCUUAGCAUCUCAAAACGUUAUAUCGGUAUUUGUUAAGCAACUUCAUUCAUGCAUAUCUUGCCUGGAGAACCUCAGGAACUAUUUCAGUCAUGAAACAUUAGUCUUAAGUGGCAGGAAGCAAGACACUUCCAACAUAUUAAAAUAAUCUUUUGGAUGGUUAAUAGUGGUGUGCAUUAAUAUCCUACUUGUUUUGAAUUAACUUUACCCAUAAUACGCACCUGUGAAUGAUUCUCGGAAUUAUCAGCUAACUACUACUUUAGUUUUCAACCAUAACCUGGUUCUCCAAACCUGCAGUGUUGGUUAACGUAAUAUAUUCACAUGGAAAGCCUUAAUGUGCAAUCUGUCUGCCUAUUGUCUGUGGUAGUUGUGUAUGUGAAUGUCCAACUAAGGACUCGCUGCAGUCAGAUUAAUGUUGCAACCUGCAAAUGCCUCGAUUUAACUUGUUUCCUGUGUCUGGUUUUUAAAUGUUUACAUUAUUUAUGCACGGUGGGUUUAAAAAACUUAUAAACAAAUAAAAAUAUAUGAAU